AUGGUGCUGGUGGUCUGCAGCUCCGUGUCGUCCAUCAAAGCCCUGUGGGAAACACGCAUCCGUAAGAUCAGCGAGGACCGUGAGGAGCAGAGGAGGAGGAGGGGCCCCCAGGAGCCAAAGGCAAACAGGGUGGGAGUGGGUGUGUGGGAGGACCGCGCCCUCCUGGCUCGCCUCACACAGAGGGUGCACACAGAGGAGGGUCGCCUGGUGCUGAGGCUGGAGCAGGAGUCCUGGAGCUCCUUACCUUCGUGCCUCCUUCACUUCACGCAGCUGCAGGAGUGGCACGUCCACCGCACCGGCCUCACCGCGCUGCCCGCCUUCUGCAGCAGCUUCCACGGCCUCAUGGUGAUCGACCUGUCCCGCAACGCCCUGGCCCACGUCCCCAAGGAGAUCGGAGAGCUACCGCGGCUACGAGAGCUACUCAUGAGCUACAACAGACUCAGCAGUGUCCCGGACGAGCUGGGCCAGUGUGAGAGUCUGGAGAGACUGGAACUGGCCAUGAACCGGGACCUGAGCGCCCUGCCACCCCAGCUGAAGAACCUGUCGCGGCUGCAGCACCUGGACCUGUCCAUGAACGAUUUCAGCGAGUUCCCGGAGUGUCUGCUGGAGAUGCCGGCGCUGGAGUGGCUCGACAUGGGAGGAAACCGGCUUCAGCAGCUGCCCCACGACAUCUACAGGAUGGAGAAGCUGCACACGCUGUGGUUGCAGAGGAACGAGCUGGAGAAGCUUCCGGACCACAUCAGCCUCAUGAUCUCUCUGGACACUCUGGUGCUGAGCAGCAACAAGCUCCGAGACAUCCCCCCUCUGAUGGAGGACAUGACCCACCUCAGAUUUGUGAAUUUCCGUGACAAUCCUCUGACUCUGGACGUGACGCUACCGCCAAAAGAUCCCAACAAUUCUGCAGCAGAGAAGGAGGACAAGGACCAGGACCAGGAGGAGGAGGACCAGGAGGAGAAGGAGGACCAGGAGGAGGAGGACCAGGAGGACCAGGAGGAGGAGGAGGCCGACGACCGGGAGAUGUUUGGCAAAGACUUCAUGCUGCUUUACAUCCGCGAGGCCAGAAAACGAGCGUACGCCGCGCUCAACGUCCACUGCUCUCACCCUGGGCCGAGGUUUGGACGAGAGCUGCUCAGAGAGUCUGCCGAGGCCCCAGACUGA